AUGCUCCGUCGCGCGACAGGCGCGUUGCGCAGCGCAUGCGCAUACCCUUUCUUAUCGCCGAUGCCCUCCACUCACAUCAAGACCGUCUCACUGGCUGCUCAAAUGUCGCGCCCGUACAGUACACCAGGACCCUGGUUACUUUCUCGCAGGACUACCUCCCUGUCCUCUCAGCCCGUACCUCCGCGACAACCCAAACCCCAGCUCAUCUCAUCCCGCACUCCUUCCCCAACCAGCCGAUGCACCUUCUCCAGUCACCACUACCGCCAGAGGCAAAGCCAGUACAACCGAUUCCGAGGCGGCGCUCGUCAGGAUUUCGUAUAUCGUUUGGUGCAAAAUGCGAAACCGCGCCACUUCGUGAUCAUUGGUGUGGGGAUAUCUGGGGUUUAUCUAUACAACACGGAGAAAGUGGAGAUGACCGGGCGACGACAAUUCAUCUGCAUCUCUCGCGAUCAAGAGCUAAAAAUGGGUGAAGAGAGCUACCGUGAGGUUCUCAGGUCCGAGCGUGGGAAGGUCCUACCUGAUAACCAUCCUCUUACUCGCAUGGUUGAUGGUGUGUUGCAAAGGCUGAUCCCGCAAGCGCCCCUUGAGGGUGCUAAUUGGAGAGUUCAUGUUAUCAAUGAUGAUAGAAUGGUGAAUGCUUUUGUACUUCCUGGGGGAAAGGUAUUUGUCUAUACCGGCAUCUUGCCCAUUUGCAAAGACGAAGAUGGCCUAGCUGCUGUGCUGGGACAUGAGAUUGCUCAUGUCGUGGCCCACCACCCUGCAGAGCGCGUGAGCACCAGCUUCAUUCAGUUGGGAGCUAUCUUCGCAGUAUCGUUCUUGUUCGAUGUCUCCGGACAUUUUCCCUCUUUCCUCUUGAAUCUUAUGUACAGCUUGCCAAACUCCCGGACACAAGAGGCUGAAGCAGAUAAUAUCGGGCUAAUGAUGAUGUCCAAAGCCUGUUUUAAACCUCAAGCGGCCGUUCAACUAUGGGCUCGCAUGCAUGAACAAGAGAAACAGGCACCUCCACAGUUCAUGUCGACUCACCCAUCGAGUUACAAUCGAAUGGAAGCCAUUCAAGGAUGGCUCGACAAGGCCGAAGCAAUCUACGAGGAGAAUGGAUGCAAUGAUAUUAAAGGAUACAGUAAGAGCUUGUCCCCCUUCAUUAUCGAUACCACUUCAUUGACCCCUUUAGUGCCUGGCUUCCUAAGUGCUUACAAUUCAAUUCGCAACGUGGCUGCCAAGCAACUGGCGGGCUCCCCCCUCGUGCAAACGGAGCAAACCCACCACCGCAGCUCCAAAAAUUGCCCGGCACAACAGCUCCAUCCACUCCCUUACAUCAACCACUUUGAUAUCCAGUCGCAUUUCUCUCGGACGCGACCUAAUAUCAUGUCACUAUCAAUUCCAGGUCCCUCCCAAGCGGGGCUCUUCAAGCCCGGGUACCAGAGCCACGAUGCCGAAGAUGGAGCCGUCAUCCGUAACAUCGAAGCCUGCCAGGCUAUCUCAGGCACCGUCCAGACUUCCCUGGGCCCCUAUGGCCGCAACAAGAUCGUCAUCAACCACUUGCAGAAGAUGAUCCUGACCUCCGAUGCUGCCACUAUCCUCCGUGAGCUGGAUGUUGUUCACCCCGCUGCCAAACUGCUUGUUAUGGCGAGUCAGCAGCAAGAUGCGGAGAUGGGCGAUGGCACCAACUUGGUUAUUGUUCUGGCCGGCGAGCUGUUGAAGAAGGCAGAGGAGUUGAUCCGUAUGGGUCUUAAGACGAGUGAUAUUGUUUCUGGAUAUGAGAAGGCUCAGAACUUUGCCUUGUCCGUUCUAGAGGAGCUCGAGGUCGACAGACUCCAGGAUAUGCGAUCGGCAACAGAAUUGAGCAAGGCUCUCCGCACAGUGGUGGCUUCUAAGCAGUCCGGCACAGAGGAUACUCUGGCUGCGUUGGUUGCGGAGGCAGUUCUGACUGUGUUGCCCAAGAACCCCGCUAACUUUAACGUCGACAAUGUGCGAGUCGUUAAGAUCAUGGGCGGUGGCUUGGAACAAUCGAAAGUGAAGGCCAGCAAGGCCAAGGUUGGUGUUUUCAGCUGUCCCAUCGAUAUCAGCCAGACCGAGACCAAGGGCACAGUUCUGCUGAAGAACGCCCAGGAGAUGAUGGACUUCACCACAGGCGAGGAGGAUCGUUUGGAGACUGCUAUUAAGGAGCUCUACGACUCCGGCCUCCGUGUGGUUGUUGCUGGCUCCACUGUUGGUGAUCUGGCCAUGCACUACCUUAACCGUUUCAACAUUCUGGUUAUCAAGAUUCUUUCUAAGUUCGAGCUCCGUCGCUUGUGCCGCGUUGUCGGUGCCACACCUUUGGCCCGUCUGGGUGCCCCCAUGCCCGAUGAGAUGGGACAGAUCGACGUGGUCGAGACAACCGAGAUUGGCGGUGACCGAGUCACUGUCUUCCGUCAGGAGGAUUCCAACGCCAUCACCCGCACAGCUACCAUUGUCUUGCGCGGUGCCACUCAGAACCACCUGGAGGAUGUCGAGCGUGCCAUCGAUGACGGUGUCAAUGUCGUCAAGGCCAUCACCAAGGACCCCCGUCUCGUGCCCGGUGCCGGUGCCACGGAGAUCCAACUUGUCGAGCGCAUUUCCAACUUUGCUGACCGAACUCCCGGUCUGCCCCAGCACGCCAUCCGCAAGUUCGCUGAGGCCUUCGAGGUCGUCCCCCGCACACUCGCCGAGUCUGCUGGUCUCGAUGCCACCGAAGUGCUCUCGCGUCUGUACACCGCACACCACCGCGCUCCUGUUGCCGGUGAGACCUCUUCCGAAGAUGACGAGGAGGGUAGCUCUUCUGAAGAGGAGGAACCUUAUUGGACUACAGGUGUGGAUCUUGAGAUUGGCAAUUCUGACGGAACUCUUGACACUGUCGAGGAAGGUAUCCUGGAUCUGUUGGCCUCUAAGAUGUCUGCAAUCCGCCUGGCCAGUGAGUCUGCUCGGACAGUGUUGAGCGUUGACCAAAUCAUUGUCUCGAGACAGGCUGGAGGUCCUAAGCCUCCGCAGGGUGGAGGUGAUUGGGAUCAGGACUAA